UUAUGAACCACGUCAGAGUUUGUUACUGCCAAAAUUAAAUGGAAAAAUAACGGGGAAAACUGACUGCAUUUAUUGUCAGCUUUCAGCAGUUAAUGUGUUAACGGGAGUAAGACAGUUCUAUUCGGACGCUAGAGUUAAAGACUGCUUAACAAAUAUUUGAGUUCCUAGUAAGGCUGUUCUGUUCGGACGCUAGAGUUGAAGAGUGCUCAAAACAUAUUUGAGUUCCUAGUAAAGCAAGUUCUAUUUGGACGGUAGCGUUAAAAGGUGUUUACGAAAUCUUUUCGCUCCUAGAUAAACCCAUAAAACGCAAUGACGUCAAUUAACCUAAAGCAGCUGUGUGCUACUUGGUUUCGAACCCAAACCAACAGCCGCGUUAACGCACAAAACAUCAACUUGGACAACCUGAAACUGACUGUUGUUAGACGCCCCGGCCCUCAGAUUGUCAUCUCUAAUCCUCAGUGUGUACAGUAUGGCAGAACUCACACGGUUAGGAUAGGAUACGGUGAAGACGUUGAUGACACAUUUAGCGGUGUCAGAGUCGAACCGCAAGUCAGCAAUAAAGAAAUCCUGACGAUAACAAGUGGAUUAAUUCAAGGUGUAAAUAAAGGCGUGACCGUGCAGGUAGCUGAAGGGAAGUCAAUUGUAAUCAACCCAUGUCAACAGAGGGUGGUAUCGCAAGUAAAAGGGGGAAGGGCACCCGCUUUUGAAAAAAGGCCCAAAAACUGGAUGUGGCCAGACACAAAAUCACCAGUGGCCACCAUUACAUCAUCUUCUGAUAGCUAUUACACAUGUCGCUUCACCUGUUGUCUACGUCUGUCCGGCCAGGUGUUGUACGGCUGGCCAGUUGAUCAGGUAAACAUCAUUCAGAUCGUCAGGGAUCGCCAGGCAGCUAACGACCCCAACGCCGUGAUGUUCAGCGUGGACAGCACCGGGAUCACCUGGAGGGUCGAGGGUCACCUGCAGAUCCCAGGGGCGGGGAGCUAUGACGUGCAGUGGAGUUAAGAACAACCAAACGCCAGUGUUAUGAGAAUCUACAUUUCAAACUGUUACAAAAAAAAUCCAUUUUUUUUUCACUACAAUCACAGAUUGAAAUUGUUUUAAAUAAAAUGAAACAAAACAAAUUGUGAAACAUUAAAAUUGUAAAUACAAUGUCUUAUUCUUAUUUUUUUAAAUAAGUGUUACAGUAGCGCCCUGCGGGUAAGCAACUAAAAAUAAAACUUGCCACGCAAAGAUCGUAUUGGAAUUUGCUACUUCGUGAUCCUGACGAACCGCGGUAUCGAUACCUAGUUUCGUAUUGGUGCUGAACAGAGUAGUCGUUUCUGCAAUGACGUGUUGGGGUUUGUUUGUUAGUUACUGACGUAAAAAAACUAUGUUAGAUGUUUAAAGAAUCGGGGAAUUCUUAUAAUUAAAUAUAUCUUUUUCGAAGUAAAAUAGAAACAGUGAACAGUUUUUGUUUUCCGAAAUAAAAGCUAUUUAAAGUUGUUUUUAUUUAUACAGUGAUUGUGAUAUUCCCAAUCCAAAAAUAAAAUUCCCUGAGCCUAAAGUAGGCAAAAAAUAACCAUCGUGGCAGAAGAUUUCCCAUAGUAGCUUUGUGUUUGAUUCUCGUUGGCAACUUCAUUUACCUGAUAGAUUAUCGCGCGAGUGUUGGGUAUUUAUUAAAAGGUUCGAUCAUGUCAACAAAUAUCUUAGAAAUGUGCCGUCAGUGGUAUUACAAUCUUCCUGAAAUAAAGGGAUCAUGGUUUGCUGCGGCCACUGAGAUUAAUUUAGACAACUUACGGGUGAGUCUGGGGACGACACCAAAAUGGAUACCAUCAGCACCACGAAGCCACUUAAACCAAAGCUCAACAAGAUCGCUGUCUGUUAGCUAUGGGGACUACACCGGACUAACAAGUGAGAUUGUUGUUGAAAAAAAUGUGGAUGUUACUGAAAAGGUUACCCUUACUAGAGGAAAUAUUGGGCUGCAGAAAACUCUACGCUUGACUCUCCCAACAAGUUAUAAGACAAUUGAUGUUCACCUCUCUGAUCAAAGAAGAUCUUAUUCAGCUGUAGGACUUCAAAGGGCCACGCCAGUGAGCAGCAAAUGUAAUAACAGACAACAGGCUACAGCAACAAUCACCUCACCAGAAUCUUGCUACAUUGGUCGAUUUACUUGCUGUCUACGGUUGUCUGGAGAGGUAGUGAUCACGUCUAGAAGUGGAGUUCACCAAUCGUGCAUCGGAGAAAUUAUACGGCAGCUACAGGCUGAUAACAACUCACUUGCCAGUAUGUUUACUGUCUGUGGAAAAGACGCAGUUUGGAGAGUGGAAGGCGAGGUGGAGAAACGAUGGCACGAUGACCACAAAGUGUCAUGGGCUUAAAUUUGCAAUAUUUUUUAAAUUAGUUUGAUAUUAUGUACCGUUUUUGAUAUUAUAUGAUUUAUAUGUUAACGUUAUAAUUUAGUGCUUUAGAAUAUUUUUGAGACGUAUGCUUAUUUUAAUUAAAACAUGGGUCUUAAAAUUAUUAAGAUCUUUUAAAAAAUUGUUUAAUAUUUUUUUCAAAUAUAUUUGUGGUUUAUAGCAGCAAACUAAUAUAAAACAGUAAAAAUACAUAUAUUUUAAUAUUCUAAUAUUUUCUACUGACACAUAUACUGAAGCUAUGAAAUAUUUAGUCUUCAUUUGAUGCAUUUGACAGUAAUCUAACCCUAAAUCACAAUUUAGAAUAAACAAGUGACCGUGAUUUUGAUGUUUAAGAUUAGAAAAAGUUAUGUACUUUUAUUUGCUUUUUUUUUAAUUUUCAAAAUUGAGAAAAGAUGUUUUCUGUUCAAUAACUUAUACUGUGUAAAUGCGAUAGGUUUUUAUUUAUAACUAAGAGUAUUUUAAAAUGUGUUUUUUUUAAAAAGUGUUUAUUUUAAAUAUACGAGUUGAUAAAUAUUAAUACUAAAUGAAAAAUAUACGCAAACUUUUUAUGUACUAAAUAGUAUAGUGAACGCAUACACUGCCUUCAUUUAGUAAAAAGAAAAAUUAGAAACUUUUGCUUAUAAAGUCCCAAAAGGUCAUCAACUAACAGUUAAAGUUAAAUUCAUGUGGCCAUCAUGUGUAUAGCAAUAUGAUUUAUAUCUACAUAAAUGAAAAACAGUAUUUAACAGAAAACAGUAUUUUUUUUCAUUUUUUUAUACUUUACAUUACUACACACUAUCAAUGAUAAAAAUGUUUUCAAAAUUAUUUUGUGUCCUUUGACAAAUUUCUAGGCUUAAGUAAAUUAGAAUCUCAUGCUAACUCUUACUAGCAUCCCACUCGACUAAUUUUUUAUUUGACAAUGUUCUAUAUCAUUCUUAAAAGUCAUUGUUAUUUUCUUAAUCAUCAAAACAUAAUAUAUGGGCCUACACACUAUAAAACCAAAUAUAUUUGAGCUAGUAUUCUUAUUGAAUGUGUCUUUUUUGCUUAGGGUACUCAUUAUCGAUAUGACACUGAAAUUCGCACCAUGACACAGAACAACGACCAACACCUCAAUGAAAUUGCUGAAUAAAUGUCUCGUACUUAAA